GUUGUCUCUUCGAUGUGGCUGCUCAGUAGCUCAGUAGCUUCCAGCGUUGCGUACAAAUCGUACAAAAAUAUGUGGUGGAGCCGUAAGUUAGCCUCGAGAUGUCUCCGCCUCCACAGGGCCAAGAGCACCGCCUCAGAGCCGGAGCAGACGCUGGGCAUCAUCGGAGUGCCCUUCGCCAAGGGUCAGGGCAAGCAGGGCGUGGAACUGGCACCGGAUCUCCUCCGGCAGAGCAGUCUGCGGCAGGUCCUACAAAGUAGUCAUGAUGGCUUGGUUAUAAGGGACUAUGGUAACCUGCAGUACUCCGUGGACGAGUCCUUGCUGCAGCAACAGCGCGUCCACUACCACCACAUCCGGAACUAUGCCGACUUCAUGGCCUGCAACCGGGCGCUGAUCGAGCAGGUGAAGGAGAUGCUCAAGGAGAACUCCCAGUUCCUGGCCAUUGGCGGUGAUCAUGCCAUCGGUUUUGGUUCGGUGGCUGGACAUUUACAGCAUACGCCGGAUUUAUCGCUGGUGUGGAUCGAUGCACAUGCGGACAUCAAUCUGCAUAGCACCUCGCAGUCGGGCAACAUCCAUGGCAUGCCCGUGUCCUUUCUAUUGGAGCAGCUGCGCACCACCUGGCAGCAUGCCGGCCUCCAGGACAUAGCUCCCAACUGUUUGCCCAAGGAUCAGUUGGUUUACAUCGGCCUGAGGGACAUUGACCCCUACGAGGCGUUCAUACUGAACAAAGUUGGAAUACGCUACUAUGCCAUGGAUACAAUCGAUCGCGUGGGAGUGCCCAAGAUCAUUGAGAUGACUCUGGAUGCGCUGAAUCCCCAGAACAAGAUCCACGUUAGCUUCGACAUCGACGCCCUGGACAGCAAUGUGGCGCCUAGCACCGGUACCGCCGUCCGGGGCGGUCUCACCCUCCGCGAGGGCAUCAGCAUCGUGGAGGCACUGCGGGACACCAAGCGGGUCCAGGGCGUGGAUCUCGUGGAGAUCAAUCCAAAGCUGGGCAGCGAGCGAGAUGUUCGCACCACCGUCGAGUCCGGCUUGGAGAUCCUUAAGAGCAUGUUUGGCUAUCGGAGAUCCGGAAACUGGAGCAACAUCGACACUGGCAUCCUGGGGAGCGAUUAAACGGUGGAAUAACAAAUCCAAAGCGCCUUGGAACUUAUCAAUAUUUAUGUACAAUAUUUCUCCAAUAUUUGUGUUUCUUUUCAUAAAUUUUUUUUUUUUUUUUUGUUUGUCAGUUGAAUAAAAAAUUAGUUUAAAAAAUAAAACAAAAAAAACGCCGA